AUGUACGGCACAACAAAUUGUACUCCUGUGGACCAAUUCAACAUUAACAAAAGCUCAAAUGAUGCCAACAGUAAUGGUGGCUACGAAAAGAACUCGAAACAUCCCACAGAUUCCAACAAAAUGCUGGAGAGCAUAAUUAAUCGAAAAGAUAACAAAAGCUAUCAAUUCAAUUUAAUACAUUCAAGAGACCGCUCAAAACGUUUCCUUAUCUAUAGCGGCUCAGGAGUAUGCAAGCUCGUUAUAGGAUUUUCCAUACCAGUUAAGCUUCCCGAUAAACGGCGUUCAAUGGGGAACUACUUAGGAUUUCAUUUCCAAUUUCCAGAAAUAACACGUCCUAUAUAUUGGUGGGACUUCUUCAAUUCAACAACAUUUGCAGCGCGUCAAUUCAGUUGGCAGGUACCUUUACUACAUAAUAGUGUCACAAAGUUGUUAAAGCGUGAUGAAAGUCGGGAAUACAUAUAUAAAUUUAUUCAAAACAUUUUUGAACAUCGUGGUCUUAAUGGAGAACAAUGUUUAUAUCAACUUAUAUGUGAAAUUGGAAAACGACCAUUUGCUGUUGAUAAAACUCAUAACCCAACUCAAAUAUAUCAUGAAUUUUUAAAUGCGAUUUUCAUGUAA